GGCCCCGGCACAACGUAGCUGCAACUGCUGUUACUGCUACUUGAUGUGUCUGCCAUAUUUCCUGCUACAGUUGCUAGUUGGAAAUCUCUCCCAAUACUGAUCCUGCUGCGCGCUAGUGCGUGUCUGUGUGUGUGUACUUGCUCGUUUCCGUCAGCAGUCCGCCAUGAGGCUGGAAUUGGUGGCUUUGCUGUACUUCGCGGCUCAAGGUUGGGCGUGGAACCCGUAUAACUUGGCUGUGAAGUACGCACCACGCCUCAAGUUUGACUCCAAGCAGGGUGACAAAGAGAAGUGUUUCACCUCCUCUGCCGCCGACUACUACAACACCAGGAAACGCGGCAACCACGAUCAGAUCUGUAACACUAACUACAAUACUAUGAUCGAUGCAGCUGUGCCUAUAUACUGGAAGUCGAUGGAGUGUGGUAAUGCCGUCCAUGUUGCUUACUGGUUCUUCUACGGCUACCAGGACACGUGCUCCCCCGGGGCAGGUGCUCACGACGCUGACUGGGAACACAUCGUCGUUAAGGUGAUAGACGUUGACACCUCGAAUGAAAAACUGGAUAAGGUGAUGUACUACCAACACGAAGGCCGCUACACGCGCAAACAAGGCAACUACGAGGUCUACAACACCAACCACCCUAUCGUCUACGUGGGCAAGAACUCUCACGGCUCCUACCACGAUGACGGUGGCUCCGGCACUUGCUGUUACUUCGAGGACUUCAGGAACCCAGGUAGUCACAACCAGCACCAGGACACUUGGCUCAACUUAGAGGAGCUACGCCGGGACAACACCUCGCCGGAGUGGAUGUUGGACACGGGAUCCGUAUACUUCGACGGCAUCACCUCUCCUCUCAACCGCGACGAGACCUACGACCUUUGCAACCUCCAGGGCUGCGAGGGUGCCUGGUUACAGGUCUGCAACACCUGUGGCUGUGCCAAAAGCGACAUCGGCGACGAAAUCAUGUAGAGUGGCGGCAACGACAACGACGUGUUUAGUUAUCCCCCGACAACAACAUCUUACAGUUUAACCUCAAACAUCAUCCUCUCUGACCGUCUCCUUUAGUCUAUCUCUUUGGCUCGUUCUCCUUAUACCUAGUGCCUCUUUUGUGUAUA